AUGUCGACUCUGAGCGCCCUUACUAGUCCGCUCCUCCGAAGGACGUGGACUUGCCGAGCUUGUAUACGGUCCCAACGACACACGACGCCGCAACGACAAGGCCUAUGGCAACAGCGAAACACGUCGGCCGGGCACAGUGCAUUCUCGACCCGCCUUGGAGCGCAGAGGACAUUUGCAAGCCAGGCCAAUGAGGCAGCCAAUGCCACGGCCAAAGCUGCGGGGAGGGGCUCAAAGGGCAGCAAGAGAAGGAGACGACUGCUGAUAACUGGAGGUGGAGUCGCAAUCGGCGCAGCUAUCGUCACAGUAAACGACGACGCCAAACACGCCUAUGUGGCAGCGCAGCGCAGCUACAGGGUGGUUGCGACGCUGGUACUCAACAUAAGAGACUAUCGCGACAUACUCAAGCGUGAUGAUGAGCCCGACUACAACGAGCAACUCAAAGCCUGCCACCUCCGAUGCGCCAAACGUACCCUCCGCACGCUCGAGAAGAACGGCUCCAUCUUCAUAAAGCUGGGACAACAUCUGAGCAGCAUGAACUACCUCUUGCCGAACGAAUGGUGCGAUACCUUUAUACCGCUACAAGACCAAUGCCCGAUAUCCUCCUUCGAAUCCAUACAGGACAUGUGCCGGCGAGACACAGGUCUGGAACUCUCAGACUUCUUCUCAGAGUUCGAGGAACGGCCCAUAGGCGCGGCCUCGCUGGCUCAAGUGCACCGCGCAACAGUCCGUGAGACUGGCCAGAAGGUUGCCGUCAAGGUACAACAUCCUGCGCUGGACGAAUGGGCCAAACUCGACCUGGCCUUGACGAGCUUCUCCUUCACAACGCUUAAGCGCUGGUUUCCCGAAUACGAUUUGACCUGGCUAUCCGACGAAAUGCAACUCUCUCUCCCACAAGAACUCGACUUCGCCCUUGAAGGGAAGAACGCUAUGCGCGCACGUGAGUACUUCUCCCACGUCCGCGAUGUGCCCGUCGUCAUACCUAAAGUUCUCUGGGCCAAGCGCCGACUGCUUGUCAUGGAAUACGUAUCUGGAUUCCGGACAGACGACCUCAAGAGCUUGGACGAACACGGCAUUGAUAGAGAUGAAGUGUCGGCAGCCUUGGCUCGGAUAUUCAACGAGAUGAUCUUUGGCAGAGAUGCACCACUUCAUUGCGACCCUCACGGUGGAAACAUCGCCAUUCGACACAACCCCGCUCGCGGAGGCAAGUCCAAUUUCGAUGUUAUACUAUACGAUCACGGUCUCUAUCGCGACAUUCCCUUGCCCCUGCGACGCAACUACGCAAAGCUUUGGCUCGCCGUCUUGGACGCUGACGAAGCUGGUAUGCGCAAGUACGCCUAUGAGGUAGCAGGGAUCAAAGAAGAGCAUUUUCCUCUAUUCGCGUCGGCAAUCACAGGAAGAGACUAUACCGUGCUGGCGAAGAAGGAGAGUGGCACAGGUGGCGUGAUGACGAGCAGGACCAGUGAAGAAAAGAAAGUCAUUGGAGAUGCUUUGGGAGACGGGCUGAUUGAGAGCCUUAUUGAGCUGCUUGGACAGGUUCCGAGGGUGAUUCUGUUGAUUUUGAAGACGAACGAUCUGAGCCCCAUGCGCACUUUUCUCAUUCUAGCCCGGUAUGCUAGUCGUACGGUUUACGAAGAGAGUCUGGACAACCUCAACGGCAGCGUGCUUUGGCCGAGCAACUUCCUUAGCUGGCUGGGCGCGUGGACGAGACACAUGCGAGUCGAAAUGCAAUUGAGUGGAUACGAGACGUACCUCAAACUACGGGCGCUGCUGGGUAUGCAGAAGAUUGAGAUUGGGGAUAGUUUUAGAGAGUAA